AUGAAUGCCCCGAUAAAUAAUGAACCAAUAUACUGGGCCUGGAAGUGCGAAAAAUGUGGGCGCUGGUGUGCUGCUAUUAAUGAGGAUUUCUGUAUCUGCGGUCACUUUAAGCCACGGCCUAAUUAUAAAACCCCGGAGAUUCAGAAACAACCUCAACUACCCACGUUUCGAGAUGCAUUCCCUAUGCCAAAAAGCUUCCCUAGGUAUGAUUCUGGGCCUAUAGGGAGCACUCUAGCGAAUCGGAACAUUUUUGGUGGAUAUGAUGUCCCCCCUGGACGAGAUAGUCUCACUUCGAAAGACUUCCCUCAACGAAGUGCUGUCAUUGUCACUCCACCAAAUCCCUUGCGAAUAUCAUCACUUCUAAAUGAAGAAGAUACCACUUCCGGAUACAAUGCCCCCACUAUAAAGGAUAGGCGUUUUGACCAAUAUGCAAUCGUCAGCGAAUUCACCACACCCAGUGGAGCUUCUACGACCAGCGAACCUGGACGCUCAAUUGACACAGCUUUCCAAAAUAAUUCUAUCCAGUAUGAUACUACUUCCGAGACAAAUGACGCUUCCUCGGCACGGUUCACUGCCCUUAACCAAAGAAAGUCCUAUCAGGGCAACUCGGAAGCCAGUUGGCCCACUUCGACCAAAGAAAACGGCUAUUAA